AUGUCGACUAACUCCCGCUUCGACCCCAACUUCACCCCCUAUGUGGUUAACGCCAUGGGUCCCAACACUCCCGAGCGUGCUCGCGUGAUCCUGGGUUCCCUCAUUACUCACAUUCACGACUUCGCUCGUGAGGUCGAGUUGACUCCCGCUGAGUGGAUGAUGGGUGUUGAGUUCAUCAACUCCAUUGGCAAGAUCAGCACCCCCAUUCGCAACGAGUGCCACCGUAUCUGCGAUGUGAUCGGUCUCGAGUCACUGGUCGAUGAGAUCGCCAACAAGAUCGUCACCGAGAAGGGCGAGUCCCCCACCUCCAACGUUAUUCUGGGCCCCUUCUGGUCCCCCAACGCUCCCUUCCGCGCUCUCGGCGACUCCAUCAUUCAGGACCCCAAGCCCAACGGUCAGGUCACCUACAUGCACGGUGUUCUCACCGAUAUGGAGACCGGUGCUCCCAUCGUCGGCGCUGUUCUGGAUAUCUGGCAAGCUUCCGCCAACGGCCAGUACGAUUUCCAGGACCCCACUCAGUCCGAGAACAACCUUCGCGGCAAGUUCCGUUCCAACGAGAAGGGCGAGUUCUACUGGUACUGCUACCACCCUACCCCUUACUCCCUGCCUACCGAUGGCCCCGCCGGUGUCCUCCUCAAUAUCAUGGACCGCUCCCCCAUGCGUCCCGCCCACAUCCACCUGAUGGUCACCCAUCCCGACUACGCCACUGUCAUCAACCAGAUCUACCCCUCCGAUGACCCUCACCUGGACAUCGACUCCGUCUUCGCUGUCAAGGAUGACCUCGUUGUUGACUUCAAUCCCAAGACCGAUGACCCCAAGGCCACUCUGGAUAUGAACUACCCCAUCACCAUGGCCCUGAAGAAGCACCACCCCAACCCCAACUCGGCCCCUCCCGUCUCCUCCUUCGAGCGCUUCAACAAGGCCGGUUCCCAGCAGAAGCUGUAA